AUGUUGUUCCGUUCCACCCUCGUCUCCGUGGUCACGCUAUUCGUGGCUGUCGGCCAAGCCCAGUACAAGAUCGACCCUGACAGCGUGGACUCUGACGUUCGAGAUGCGUGGUGCGUCACGCAGAAGGACACAUGCCCUCUGAUCUGCCAGCAGACCAAGCCGGGAACGACACUCGUCAACACUUGCGACUCUGCCACCCUCACCUACGGCUGCCUGUGCGGUGACAACAAGAAGCCCAACCUGUCGGAGUACUCUCUGACCCUCCCCUACUUCGUCUGCCGUGAAUGGGGCACCCAAUGUGUCGCCAACUGCGGAGAGCACAACAACGAGUGCGCCUCCGACUGCCGCCAGAACCACCCUUGCGGCGCCCAGAGCCCCACGCGCGUCAACGUCACCUCGACGUCUGCUGCUGCCACAGCCAGUGCGACAGAUGACACCACCAUCUACGACCGACCCGGCACCAGCAGCAGCGAUGAUGACGAGGGUGCCGCCGCGACGCUGGCUCUCGGACGGACGUACGGUACCGCUGUCGUCCUGGGGGGCAUGUUCGUCGGCUUUGCCAUUCUGCUGUGA